AACCCACAAAUUCUAUAUUUUCGUCCACGCAAAAAGAAUCCUCUCCCCUCCUCCCUCCCUCUUUCUUCCCCCUUCGAAUUUCAGCUCCUUCACAAACUAAAGUUUCCAUCUUUAAUCAUUCUUACAUCUAAUUCGUCUUCACCCAUCUUUAAUUUUCAGGUUUUUAUCCCCUGUUUGUUUGAUUUUCGAUUGUUUCUUUGCGAAAAUCUUCCUGGGCAUCUAUCGAAGUUUCUGAUUUUAGCCAUCUUUCGAUUGCUUCAGGCUUUCUCGGUGCUGUUCGUUGCUGGGUCACAGACAUUAGGCAUAAAAAUUUAUGCAUUUUGGGGAAUGGACUGGAUGUUUUGGUCAACUGUCAGUAUUGGUGAAUGAUGUUCAGGGGGCAAAAGGCUGGGAAUGUUCUUGGCAGAUUGAAAUGGACAUGGCCUGGUGAAUCUUCCUUGGAGACUGGCUUGCUUAGCAAUGAGGCUCCUGAGAUUGAAUUGUCAGACUAUAGAAGGGUACCAAGUCCCGGCAGUGAGAGCCCUUCGGGGCUCCUUAAUGGUGAGAGCUUGAAUGUGGAACCAAUUGCUGACCUAGACCUCUUCUUUGAAAGGCUCUACAGCUACUAUUGUGAGAAAGGACUUUGGUGCAUAAUUAUCAAGUGGAUAGUUGAGCUGCUGAGCUUGGGAUUUACCAUAUUUUUCUCUGGAUUUUUCUUAUUACUUGUUGAUUGGAAUGGUUUACGUAAUGCAAAGUGUGGGAUGGAUGCGGUUGAAUCUGGCAUUAAGCCAUGUGAUCUUGCUAAAGAAGCACUUCAUCGGCAUCCAUUAACUCCUUUAACACUUUCAAAGUCCAUCAUUGUUGGAUAUUUGGGGCUACUUUCCAUUUAUUGGAUAUUCUGUUUCUUGAGGUUUUUUGCUCAAUUAAAGGAGACACUAGGAAUCCGUCACUUUUUCUACAACAGUCUUCAUGUUACUGACAAUGAAAUUCAAACCAUGCCAUGGGCAACAAUUCUUGAAAAGGUUGUUCAGCUACAAAGUUCGCAACAACUCUGUGUGGUUAAGGAUCUUUCUACUCAUGAUGUGGUUAUGAGAUUGAUGCGGAAGGAGAACUACUUAAUUGGAAUGAUUAACAAAGGAGUGCUUGCUUUUCCUAUCUCACAAUGGGUGCCUGGUGCUGGUCCAACUGUCAAAUAUGCCCCAAAUGGAAGACAGCAUCACCUAAUACUGACAAAGACCCUUGAAUGGACCUUAAAUUGGUGUAUAUUACAGAGCAUGUUUGAUAGAAACUUCUGUCUAAGAAGGGAUUUCAUUUCUAAUCCUAGAACAUUGAAGAAGAGGCUUAUGGUAGUUGGGCUUGCAAUGCUUCUGCUUUCUCCGUUUCUUGUUAUAUUUAUGCUAGUUUAUCUCUUCCUAAGGCAUGCCGAACAAUUUUAUAACCACCCAAGCACAGCAUCAUCUCGAAGAUGGUCAAAUUUAUCAAAGUGGAUGUUCAGGGAAUUCAAUGAGGUUGACCAUUUAUUCAAGCACCGGAUCAACAGCAGUGUGGUGCAUGCUUCUGAUUAUCUAAAGCAAUUCCCCUCACCUCUUAUUUCUAUUAUAGCAAAAUUCAUCUCUUUUGUGUCUGGUGGCUUUGCUGCUAUUUUGAUCAUCAUUGCAUUUCUGGAGGAAUCUCUGCUAGAGGGCCAUAUAUUUGGUCGCAAUCUGUUCUGGUAUGCUGCUGUCUUUGGAACCAUAACAGCUAUUAGCCGGGCUGCCAUAACAGAUGAACUUCUUGUCCUUGAUCCUGAAGGAGCAAUGUCUAUGGUGGUGCAUCAUACGCAUUAUAUGCCAAAGAGAUGGCGUGGUAAAGAAAUUACUGAGACAGUCAGGAUAGAAUUUGAAACCAUAUUUCAGUAUACCGGAAUGAUGUUACUAGAGGAGAUGGCUUCCAUUUUCCUCACUCCAUUCUUGCUUAUAUUUGUUGUCCCAGAGCGGGUGGAUGACAUCUUAGGGUUCAUUGCGGAUUUUACAGUGGAUAUUGAAGGUGUUGGUCAUGUUUGCAGUUUUAGUGCUUUUGAUUUCGAAAAGCAUGGGAAUAGCAAUUAUGGGUCACCACAUGAUGCCCCUCGUGCACUGAGAAGUUCUCAGGGGAAAAUGGAGAAAUCAUUCUUGAGUUUCCAAAGUAGCUACCCUUCAUGGGAACCAAAUGCUCAGGGGAAGCAAUUCCUAUCAAAUCUCAGAACUUUUAGGGAGCAAAAAUUGCAAGGCCAGGGAACUAGAUUUACAUUUUCUCCUCCUAGAUUGUGGCGAGGUAGCCCAAUGAGGACUUAUGCCGAUAGAAUCAGCAUUUUCUCAAGGGAUGUACUGCAGAAUAACGGCUAUCAUAUGGGUUCUUUAUGGCUAAUUGAAGCAGACCAGAAGAAUCACCCAUAUCUACUUGAUUGGUACUACACCUCUCAACUUCACAAUGCAACUGAUCAUACGAGAGACACAACAGCAAUCCCUUUUGAAGAAACCGAGCAACAGCCUAGAGAUCAUUUUUUGCCAACCAGCUUCAUGCCUAAGCAAGAUAGAUCUGAAGAACACUGGGGGAAUCAUUAUGCCAAUCGAUCACAGUCGCAUCUUGAAGCAUCUACUUCGGCUCCAUUCUUCCGUGACAGCAUAUUUCGACAUCAUGAUGUAAGUGAUCCAGCCCACCCUACUAAGAGCCAUUGGUGGGCAAGAUCUGGUCCUCAUGGUGGGCAACCACAAGCAAGCUUCCUUGAGCCUCCAGAUUUCAACUACUUUGAUCCAGGCAAUUACCAUGAUAAUUUCUCAGAGAGAAGCACGGAAGAACAACAAUUCCACGAUUGGAGGGAUUCUCAGAUGUUAUCUCGGACCACCUACAUAGGUGAUGAUCCUGAAACUGGAGGGGAUGUUAGCCUUCAUUUUGAUGACAUCUAUACCGCACGUCCCGAAACUCCCACUGUAAAUUUGAAGCCCCCAAGUUUCAAUUAAUCAAAGAUAAUGUCUUAGAAUGGGUUUCCAAAGGCUGGACAUGAAACUCUAUUCUUUGUUGUACAUAGAUUCAUUGAAAUUAGUUUCUGUUAACUGCAACAGCUCGUUGUAGAAGGAGAUGACAGCGUCCAAUGAGACACUGGAAGCCAUCUUAAAAUGUAUGAAUAGACCAUUACAAGCUUU